GGCUUGAGUCAUGCGGUGAUUAUGCAAAUUCGCUGAAAUCCAUUCGACACACCCAAUCUCUUCCGCAACUCAUGGUUGGCAAAGAUCAUUCCCUGCGAAAACUCGGCCAUGGAGGUCUACUGGUUGCUUCUCCUAAUAUCAUAUUUAGGUGCUGUGCAGGGCAAUGCGAACUGUUCGAUGUGCACUGCUUGGGUAGACGGUCCAGUUUGUGGCUAUAAUCAACGAUGCUACACCAGUUUCAAGAGCUCCUGUGAAAUGGAAAUGUUAAAUUGCAAACUACCGGACUCGUACAAAUUUGAAGAGACGCCAUUCUAUGGCCAUUGCUUCAGAUCCACUGUACAAAAAUGCAAGGCCUAUGUUUUGUUAGAACAGCUGGAUAAAAUAAACAACUCCGUUGAAAUGUUCGCCUAAUUGCAAGCCAAAAUAAAUUUACAAAUCUACAA